GAGAGUUUACAAUGAUCUAAUCUUUUUCUUCCUAAUCCUAACGGAGAAGGCUAAACACACAAUAACAGCUUGCCCUAUAAAAACCCUUGGUUCGUGAUCAAAUCUCUUCUCCUACAUCAACAUAGCGAUUCUAGAGUUUUUGAUUGAAAAAAAUAAUAAAGGAAUGAGCUCGAUGAUCUUCUCCACGGUCCGUGGAAUAGGAUCCUUCUUAAAACCUAAAACUUACGACCAACCAAUAGAUGAAGCAGCAGCCAAGGGUGACAUAAAGGUGUUAUCAGUGUCUUGGAACCAGGACUGGAGCGGUUUCAUCGUCGGAACAGAACGUGGCUUCAACGUGUAUAGCUGCAACCCUAUCAAAGAAAGCAUCAGCCGUGACACGCACAAGUCCGGAUUCAAGAUCGUGGAGAUGCUCUUCCUUUCAAACCUCUUCGCUCUCGUCGGCAACGGUUACAGCAACUCGGAGUACCCUCCCAACAAAGUCUUCAUCUGGAACGAUCAUACGAACAGCUUCUUCUGCGAGCUAGGUUUUAAAUCGCAUGUUCUGGCGGUGAAGCUGAGGAGAGAACACAUUGUGGUUGUCCUUGAGAGAAGCGUCUACGUCUACAGUUUCACUAACCUCAAGGUUAAGGAUAUUAUAGAGACCGUUGUGAAUCCAAGAGGGCUCUGUUGCGUCUCUCAAGCUGAGGCUAAAGCGGUCCUGGCUUGCCCCGGGUUACACCCGGGGCAAGUUCAGGUCCGUGACUUGAAAAGGAAUAUAGUUAAAGUCAUCAAAGCGCAUGACUCUGAUGUUGCUUGCAUGAGUUUGACUCUUGAUGGGAGUUUGCUAGCUACUGCUAGUACUAAAGGAACUCUGAUCAGAAUCUUUAACUCCCUUGAUGGCACUCUCUUACAAGAGUUUCGGAGAGGGAUGGAGAGAGCAGAGAUCUAUAGCGUUGCAAUCUCUUCUAAUCUUAAAUGGGUGGCUGCGUCAAGUGAGAAAGGGACUCUCCAUGUGUUUCUUCUGAGACCUGACAUUCUUAGUUCACCAAAAAACAUCGAUCAUGCGUCAUCAUUAUCAUUAAUAAGAGGGAUGUUGCCAAUGUAUUCUUACGGCAAUGAACGGUCGUUUGCUCAGUUCUCGUUGCCGGUUUCCACCAAGUUCAUCGUAGGUUUUGGACCAGAGAACAUAGUUCUACUCGUAGGUAUUGAUGGAAGUUUCCGAAGAUGCAGGUUUGAUGGAGAAGGAGGGCAGAUGGUGGAGUUGGAACACAAAUGCUUCUUCUCCUUAACUCAAAGAGAGGACGACACAACGGUUGUGGUGUGACUAACACAACACAUGUUUCUUCUUCUCUUGUUCUAAAUUUUGGGCUUACCAACAUAAAUGUUAAUUUUGCUAAUAGAUUAUGACUUGCACCAACGGAAUCGAUGGGAACAAUCUUGUUAUAAUUAUAUCAAUUUUAUAGU